AUGGUUGCUGCAGCUACUAUAAUCGGAGAAGAGAACUGCCCGAUGACUCCGAGAACCGUCCCAACCGGCAACAGAUCGCUGGCUAAAGAUGUGAUACUGUCCGAGUCAUCGCACACUGUCUCUUCCAAGACAUGGUCGGACAUUUGGACAAAGGAUCUUGAAGAUUUAUUGACUACAAAAGAGAAAAUCGACUGGAAGGGUGGUGAUGUGAAGAAUCAAAAGUUCCAAAAAUUAGUGGACCUCUGCCGAAAAUAUGGGGUGGUGCCGCAGCUGAGAACUGAAAGGGGGUACCCUUUGCGGCUGGUGGUUGUUGAGCAAAUUACAACCCUUCAUCCCACACUCAUUGUAUUUGAUAGGCACCAUGACAGAAAGGACAUAGAAUACUAUGCUGAGAAAGUUCCAUGCAACAUGGUGAUAUUGAACGAUGAUGGAGAGGUUGACAUGAUCAAAGGCCGAUCCCAUAUUGAUGAUGUUGAGAACACUCCCGGCGGCGAGUCGUCUUCGUCUUCAUGGGCACAAAGUCCAGUAGUGUUGAUGUUUACAGAAAAUUUACAGAAACUUCUCAGAAAAAAUGGGCACCAUGACAGAAAGGACAUAGAAUACUAUGCUGAGAAAGUUCCAUGCAACAUGGUGAUAUUGAACGAUGAUGGAGAGGUUGACAUGAUCAAAGGCCGAUCCCAUAUUGAUGAUGUUGAGAACACUCCCGGCGGCGAGUCGUCUUCGUCUUCAUGGGCACAAAGUCCAGUAGUGUUGAUGUUUACAGAAAAUUUACAGAAACUUCUCAGAAAAAAUGGGUAA